GACAAGGUUCCUGGCGGUGCGGACAAAGUUCCUGGCGCUGAGGAAAAGGUUUUUGGCGUUGGGUACAAAGUUCCUGGCGGUGAGGACAAGGUUCCUGGCGUUGAGGACAAGGUUUCAAGCGGGGAGGACAAGGUUCCUGGCGCUGAGGAAAAGGUUUUUGGCGUUGAGUACAAAAUUCCUGGCGGCGAGGACAAGGUUCCUGGCCGUGAGGACAAGGUUUCUGGCGGUGAAGGCAAGGUUCCUGGCGGUGCGGAAUAG